AUGCUUUUGAGAUCUUUUAAGAAUUUUAGAAAGUUUCAUCUUGAACUUCAGCAAAAACGGUUUUUGAGCGUCUGUUUAAAACCUAUCAAACAGUUAGUACGAUUUGAAGGGCCGGACACUCAGAAGUUCCUUCAAGGGCUCACGACACAAAAGGUUUCUUUAGAAAAACCAUAUUAUACAGGAUUUUUAAAUACAAGCGGACGUAUUUUAUUUGAUGCAUUUUGCUAUCCUGAAAGCUUUACAACUACAGAUGCCACCAAGCCUAAUCAUAGACUAUAUGUUGAAGUAGAAAAAUUUAGAACUGAGGAGUUUCUAAAACAUGUGAUAAAGUAUAGACUUCGUUAUAAGUGUGAUGUUACAGCAGUUGAUCCCGAGGAGCUGAGCGUACAAGUGGGAUGGGAGCAAGACGCAGAAAAAGUCAUUAGUGAUAAAAAUAACCUUGCAUCUAUGUGGGACCCCAGAUUUCAAAAACCUAUGCUCAGUCGAAGCGUUGUUUCUUCGCAUGCGUGUACAUCCAAUGCGGAUUUGAACGAGUAUGCGGCGUUCCGAUUCCGACAUGGAGUUGCUGAAGGUUCCUUGGAAAUAAUUCCUGGAUCUGCAUUUCCCAUGGAAAGCAAUUUGGAUUGGAUGAAUGGUGUCGAAUUUUAUAAAGGAUGUUAUUUAGGCCAAGAGCUUACCGUACGAACUUAUCAUACGGGUGUUACACGCAAACGAAUUUUUCCCUUUAUCAUAGAAGAAGGAAGUGAUGCUGCUGGCAUUCAAGCAUCUUCAAAGUUAGGCCUUAGAGCUUCUUCUGGCCGUUUGAGCAAACGAUCGCCAGGAAAGGUUUUGGCUGUACAAGGAAGAUAUGGACUUGUAAUGUUAAGGCUGGAAUAUUUACAUCAACCACUUGAGUGUAAUGGUGUUCCUAUACAAAUUAUGGAUGAAGUAUGGAAAGAGCAAUUACAGUCUUCAGAGACAAAAACCAAAGAUUAA